AUGAGUGAUUCUAAACGUAAGUGUUUUUUGUCCUAUAAAAAAUAAGGUUUUGAAUAACCUAUGAUUUUCAGAAGACGACUUAAAUGUCUCCAUCGAUUUGGGCAGUGCUGUGAAAAGUACAACUGAUCUUAUAGGUUCUGCUAUUGGACUACUAAAUGCGUCAAAUGGUAAGAAUAGAUCUCAAAAAACCAACAGUUAAUUAGUUUUUGUUUCAGAAAGAUCAAAACGCAAAGAUGCUCAAUAUAAUACUGAGCGCAGAGAUAUUAACACCAGUCAUGAAGCUAGUAUGAAAGAUUUGAAUAAUAGUAUUGUGGCGGAGAGAGCAACAAGAAAACAUGAAAUCGAAUCGUUGGAUGGGCAGUUGAAAAGACAAGAAGAUCGGAGAAGCGAACAGGAAAAAUUAUUCAAUGAGAGACACUCGAAUUUGGUGGAACGAAAUAAUUCGGCUAUUCGAGACACUAACAUUCGUCACGGAAAGGAAUUGGUUGAUUUUCAGAAGGAUGCGAAUGCUCAAAAAGGUUUUUUUAAUAGAUUGUACAUAGAUGUUUUUAUCCGAGGUGGCCCAUUUUGAUGUUGUUUCUAACAAGAAAAUACACAUUGUAAGAAAAUACACAUUGUAGUCCAAAGAAAUAUUUUUCUAUUUCGAAAUAUUUCGGAACAAUUUUGCAAAAACCUGCGUUAUCGCGAACAAUUUGACAGUUUAAUGACAUACACAUUUGUUAUACAAUUAUUUCGAGUCAUAAAAUUUAGAAUUAGAAAUUUGACGUCAAUGUGUACGUGUCAAGAGUCAUAAGUUAAGAAAUUUUAUAGAAUCACUCAAAGAUCGACAAUCAACUGAGAAGACUUUGAUUGUCAAUCAUCAUAAUGCAUUCAAAUUGGAGGCUGAAAGAUCUACCAGAGAGUUUGAUAUUUUGAGCCAAAAACGAAUCGGUGAAGAGCAACAGAAUGUAUGAAUUUUAAUUAGAAAUAUUUUUGAUUAAACAAAAACAAUGUUUUUUGCCAAAUUUUCAGCUCGACAAUGCAAGAGAAAAAAUGAUAUUUGAGAAAAAAGAUCUUGCAAAAAUGGCAGUGGAAAACGAGGAAAAUCACUUCAAACAACGAUUGGAAUUGGAGGAGAAAAAUCAAGCUGUGAUUCAAGAAAGUUUGUCUUAUAGGAUACUUAUUAACAUAAAUAUCAUUUUUUUUCCAGCGAAAUCCAUUAUGAAUGAUUUCGAGAAUCGUGAGUCAGAAUUGAAUCAUGUUCGUUUAGAUGGACUUUCGAGAAUGCUCGAAAGUUUGAGUACUGACGAGACGAACAAAAUUAAUCUGGAAACUUUUUCAAAUCUGCAACGUGGUGCUGGUGAAAUCAGAAAUAAUAUUUUCCUGAUGGCUGGAUCGAUUCAGGUUUCAAUAAAAUCGGGUGAUGAUCGGAGAUUUUUCAAAGCUGCAAUUAAGGCCCAGGUUUGGGACAGAUAUGAAGUUGUCCCAAAAAAAUUGUGCAUUUUCAGCUUACUAUCGAAAAAUUACAAAUUGAUAUUGUCAAACUUCGAGAAGAUCUUCAAAUUUCGAGUUACACGCUUUUAGAUGAAAACAAGACAGAAGAAUGUUUGACCUACAUUGAAAAAAAUUGUGAUCACUUGAAUGAAUUGGUCAAUAAUGAGGUUUGUAUUCUUAUCCUUUUUUCUCAAAUAUAUAAAAAGAUCAUCGAUUCUUGCAGGAUUUGAAGAUUGAAUAUGAUUCCGAAAAUAUCGGAAAAGUCUUGAAAAAACUUCUUGAACAAUCAGCAGAACUUGUGCAAAACAUUGUUCUGAAAUUCGAAAUUCCGAGUGAAAACCGAUUUUUGAAAACGACUGUUGAGGCAAAUCAAAGACUUGUUGAAAAGUUCGAUUCGGAGAAAUCGAUUGAAGCGAGUUCGUCGAGAAUUCAGCCAAUUUGCGAAAAUACGCAAGAGUAUUUGGAGAAAGGAGAUCAAGAUAAGAAAGAGGAGAAGAAUGAAUAA